GUGACUCAAUAAAGUUAUUCUGUGAAGCAACCAAUUGGGAGCGCGGCGCGAGCGGGAAGUGGAAUUGCAACUGGGAAGCGAGUCCGCUGCCAUGGACGAGCGGACUCGAAGCGGCCUGCUGCAGCACCGCACGCACCUCGUGCGCGACGUUAAGCCGGUGCUGCUGUUCGACCACCUGGUGAGCGACGGCGUGCUCACCGACGCGGAAGAGGAGCAACUGCGAGCGCAGGUUGCCCGCCAAGUACAGGCAUCAGAACUAUUGAAGUUGCUCUUGAAUAAGGACAACUACGCAGUCAUCUCAUUCUACAAUGCUCUGGUGAAGGAGAACUACAUUGAUCUGGCUGCAUUGCUACAAGAUUUCCUGCCCAUCCCCAUGUCUCCUUCCGAAGAACCUGAUCAUCACAUAAAAAGUGGCUCCAGUGCCUUUGAGAUGAUGCUGCGGGAGGGAGGCGUGCCACAGCGCCCCGUGGUGUUUGUGGAGCGCACGAAGCAGCUGGGCGCCGUGCGCGAGGCGCUGCUGGGGCUGCGCGGAGCGCCAGGGUGGGUUGUGCUGCACGGGAUGGCCGGCUGCGGGAAGUCGGUCAUUGCAGCGGAGGCAGUGAGGGACCCAAAGCUUGUGAAAGAGUGCUUCCCAGGAGGUGUCUUCUGGGUUUGCGUGGGCCAGGUGGACAAGCCCACGCUCCUCAUCAAGCUGCAGAACCUGUGCCAGCGUCUGCAGCCAGAGAGAGAGCGGCUCGACCUGCACAACCUCGAGCAGGCCAAGGACACGCUGAGGCUUAUACUGACGCGACACCACCCCAGGUGCCUGUUGCUGCUGGAUGAUGUCUGGGAUAGUCGUGUGGUGAAGGCGUUUGAUGUCCAUAGCCGCGUCCUGCUUACCUCGCGAGACAGCAGCGUCACUGAUCUAGCCACUGGGGCCAAGCACAGAGUGUUCAUGGACCAGGGCUUGUCGGAGGAACAGUGUCUGCAGGUGCUGGCGCAGUGGGUGGGCAGAGAAAUCAAGGACCUCCCCGAGGAGGCUGCAGGCAUCGUGGCGGAGUGCCGAGGUUCUCCUCUGGUGGUGACUCUUAUUGGGGCCCUGCUCAAGGACUUUCCUUCUCGCUGGAGCUAUUACCUGAAACAGCUCCAGAAAAAGCAAUUCAAGCGCAUUCGGAAACCGUCCUCAUACGACUACGAUGCUUUGGACGAGGCCAUGGAGAUCAGCGUGUCCGCCCUCCAGGUGGAGCUUCAGGAUCACUACAACGACCUCGUCGUUUUCCAGAAGGACACCAAAAUAUCCUCCAAGGUUCUGAGUGUGCUGUGGGAUAUGGAUGUGGUGGAGGUGGAGGACACAAUGAAGGUCCUGGUGGACAAGUCCCUGGCCUUUCAGCAAGAGGACGCUGACACCUUCACGUACUCCUUGCACGACUUGCAGCACGACUUCCUGGUGGAAAAGAACCACGCUGUGCUGCAGGCCAGAUGCUUUGUCAGAUUGUGCCACAUACGGACAGCUGCCACUGGGGGUGCCAUGAAAAUGUACAAGAUGAGAUGUGAUGUAAGGCGAAUGGAGUUGCUGAGGCAUUUAAGUGAGUGCCAUGCGAAAGCAACUGUGAUAAUUCAAGAUGAUGCUGUGCACUUGCAGAAGCGUCACGCUAAGCUUGUCGAUCGCUACUUUGUACACUCUGGAAAAAACUUCUCCUCUCUGCCGGACGACGGAUACGUGCACUUCUUUCUGGCGACUCACAUGGCGGAGGCGGGCCAAAAAAGGGAGCUGUGCGAGCUGCUCUUUUCUCUCGAGUGGGUGGAGGCCAAACUGCGAGUCGUGGGCUGUGCUCACCUCAUCAACGACUACCUGCAGCACGAGGAGCUCAUCACGAACUCGAGUCAGGAGCGGUCGAUGUGGAAGGACUUCCUUGCGUUCUUGUCCGUGAAUGGACACCACUUCACGCCCACGCGGCUGCCAGACGUGCUGCAGCUGGCGCUGUGCCAGCCCGACAGCUCGGCGGUGUGUGCUCAGGCUCGCGCGCGCCUUGCCCGCGGUCACCCACCAAACACCGUCUACCUCGACUGGCUGAACAAGGCGUGUGUGGCGGUGUCCCAGCGCUUGGUGGUGCGUGCGCACGCGGGCGCCGUGUACCACGCUGCCUUCUCGCGCUCGGGGGAAUACGUGGCGUCGUGCGCUGGCGACGGCUACCUCAAGAAGUGGAAUUCCCGAACGGGCGAGGAGCUGAUGGCCACCUACGCCCACGACGAGCCCGUCCUCUGCUGCGCCUUCGCGCCAAAUGGGAGGGUCAUCGCCACGGGCUCCGCCGAUCACACCGUCAAGCUGUGGAAUGCGCAGUCUGGCCGGUUGCUGGGCCCGCACAGGGCUCACGACGGCGAGGUGCAGCACUGCACGUUCGCGCACGCCUUCCACAAGCCACUGCUCGCCACGUGCUCUCAGGACUCCUCCAUCAAGCUGUGGGAGUGGAAGGAACAGGGGAAGGGCUCGGCCCUUCUCGGCCACUCUGGGCCGGUUCGCUGCUGCUGUUUCUCUCCGGAUGACCAGCGUCUCGUCAGCUGCUCUGUUGACUGCACACUCAAGGUGUGGAGCGUGAAGCUGCGGCAGGAGGAGCGCUCUGUCGACGUGCGCGAAUGCGUCGACUCCGAGGAUGGGGCAACGAAAGAGGGGGAGCGCUCCCUCGCCCUCCGAAGUUGCGCGUGGUCCCCGGACGGAAGGCGGAUCGUGGCCGUCGCAGAAAACAUCGUCUUCGUGUUCAACGCUCUCACGGUCGCGUGCGAGAACGUGCUCAGGACUCACGCCCACUGCACCAUCCUGGCGGUGGCCUUCGCUCCCGACAGCCUGCACUGCGCCGUGGGGCUCUCCUCCUACUCCCUAGAGAUGUGGAACGUCAAGAGCUGCCGUAAGACGGCGGACUACCGGGGUCACGUGGGCUGGGUGCAUGGCGUCGCCUUCUCAGCCGACGGCUCGUGGCUGCUGUCCGCCUCGGAGGACCACACAGUCUCCCUGUGGCAGGUGAACGGGGAGGAGAGUGCGGCCGGCGUGUACCUCAAACGUGACACGCACACGCUCUUCCGGGAGGACGGCUCUCUCCGUAUCGCUGCUCCUGACAUCAACAACUGCCUGCGGGUGGUUGACGAGACGGGGCAGGUGGUGAGCGUGAGCGACCCACUGCCAUCGCGUGUUCGCUGCUGCUGCCUGAGCGGGGAUGGAAGAAUUGUGGCGAUGGGCUGUGAGAGCGGAAUCAUGCAGAUUGUGGACACAGAGAGUGGCAACAUCCUGCACGUUUUGGAAGGGCAUACAAAGUGCGUGAGACAAUGCCAGUUCCUGAUGGACGGACACGUUCUCCUCUCCUGUUCCGAUGAUGCAACUCUGAGGAUGUGGAGGUGGAGGGAAGGGGGGGGGCAGUGCUCCGUGCUUGACGAGCACACAGAGGACGUGAAGUGCUUCUGCCUUCUGUCCCAGAGCCUCCUGCUCUCCUGCUCAUUUGACGGAACCACCAGGUUGUGGGACCUGAACGAGCUGUCAUUAGUGCGGACAUUUUGUGGCCAGGAGCCACACGCCGCCAUCUUGUCGUGCCAGGUGAUGCCCAGCCUAGGCCUCUUUGUCGUCACCUGCACCGAUAAGACAGCACAGGUGUGGCAGCUGGACGGUGGUGCGAUGCCGCUGCACGUGCUACAGGGGCAUACGGACUGCGUUCGCAGCUGCGGUUUCUCCCCCGACGGAAAGAUCCUCGCCACCGGGGACGAUGAAGGUUUCGUGAUGUUGUGGAGUGUGGAGAGCGGCCAGAAGUGGAGCUGCCAGCCGACGGCUCGCCAUCACGCCUGGGUGACUCAGGUGUCCUUUGUGCGAGAGGGGCGGAUAUUACUCUCGGCAGCUGACAACAUCAAAUUUUGGGAUGUGGAGAGUGGACGUGUGCUACAGACGUUCUACCCUCGAGGGAGUCUCCUGAAGCGUGUGCACACCUCCCCAGACGGAAAUCGGUUGGUCACCGUGGACUCCAUUGGGCUGCUUUACAUGCUGUCCCUGCUGCCCUUAGCCCCGACAGCGUCGACAGGACCCGUCCCACCAGCCAAGGCGAAUAAUCACGUGCAAAAGGAACCUCCGCGACUUGACUAUGCAAAUUUCAAGCAAGCCGAAGUGCCUGGCUCUGAAAAUUAGCGAGGGUUUGAGUCCACGUUGAUGUCUCACGAAGUGUGCUUUUGUCAUGUAAACUGAAGACCUCUUCAACGUUAUUUCCUGCUUAAAUGAGCGUUGAGGCAGUGCUCACCUCCUGUUUACAGCCCUGAGCCAGUGUAAAUGAUACAUUCCUAUAUCAAGGGUGGGUCUAUCAAUAAGAUAACCACUGUUGACUAAUGCACAAAGUGGUGCGUAUUUUUAUAGACUUUGGAGGGAUCAUGGGCUUGAGUCGAACCCCAAGCCAGGAUUUGAACUGGCAGCCUUCUAAUUGCGAACUUAUUGCUCUACCAACUGAGCUACCUGGCUGGCCAAUUAUCUCUUGCCAUAUUUGCAUUCCAAUGUUUUUGUACGUGUUUUAAGUUUUACCAAAAGUGUAACUUUUGUAUCUGCAGUGGCUCAAAUUUUUGCAAUUAUCGGAUUGUUUUACACUGUUUCUAGUGAAUGCUAUUGUGAGCCCGAUGCUCGCGUAGUGAUAGAUAAGCAGUAAGCAGCAGGCAGCGGUGAUGCAGAGGUAGAGGAGGAAAACAGUGCAGGAGGAAAAUGUUGCAAAGCAGAUGAGUAGGAGCUACCGGAGCUGAGAGUUUACUGGGAUAUGAAGGGAUACAGACAAUUCUAGAAGGCUGGCGAGGUCGAUAAAAUGGAACUGAGGGGGGAGAGUGGGAGGUGGGUUGGAGUGACGGACCGAACCGGAGUUGCAAAGCAGCGGAGAUGCAGGGACAGGUCGAGCUUUGGGAUGGUGCUGUUUGGGUUGGCGACGAGGGGAAUUCGCUGAACAUAGAAACUGGGUCAGAGAAGAAAAUGUCACGAGUUGGUUAUGGGAGAUGCACAACAGCGGGUGACUGGUACCGUUCUGGCUAAGAUACACAAAAGGGUUUUAAGACCAAACCUGAGAAUGAGUAUACAAGGUAGCUGGGAAAAAGCACGCAAUGGUUUAACACUCUACCCACACUUAAGAGAGCACACCUACCUAAUGUAAAGAUAAGUCCGCAUAAGCUGUGUAAAAAACCCGAAGCACACUUAACGCUGAGAGAACACACUCCUUGCACAUGAGGCGAAUACACACACAUGAUAUAGGUAUUGUUAGGUACGGGGAAAUUAAAAUCACUGUGAGAAUUUGUAAUGAGGCAGAGUACUUUAUUUUUGUAUUGGUGAAUAGAUUGGACACCGAAGAAGUUGGCAGUUUUCAGUACAGUUUUUGCUUCAAAGCAAAAUACGGCAAAACGCUUCUCUCAACAAGGUCACAUGAAAUGUAAAUGUGUAUUUGUCGCUGUUAGCACCAAGAGUCAAAUUUGUGUCUCUCCGUGUCGACAAACACCUUGAACCCUUGCUUGAUCUCAUUUGACAACCACGUGAUCACGAAAAAUGCCUUUGUAGUUGUGACGCAAUCAUCAGCUUGGUCCACGUCGCUACGGACCGGACAAUUGUCACCACCGCAGAAAUGGCUGAUGAAAAUAAAUAUCAACACUUUUAACUAAA